UUGUUCCAGUCAAUUGUUCCUCAGGCAAUCUCCGAGGGGUGGCUUGAUGCAUCUUUUCCGAAAACCUCAGAGGAAAAUGGGCAAGCACAUGGUCCGGAUGAUGAAAAAGUGAAGCAAUACAAGAAACAUAUUGUUAGCAUAAUCCAUGAGUAUUUUCUUUCGGAUGACAUUCCGGAGCUAAUCCGGAGUCUUGAAGAUUUGGGGCAACCUGAGUUCAACCCUAUUUUUCUGAAGAAGCUAAUCACCCUUGCCAUGGACAGGAAAAACAAGGAAAAGGAAAUGGCAUCUGUUUUGCUUUCUGCACUUCAUAUUGAGAUUUUUUCAACUGAAGACAUAGUAAAUGGAUUUGUGUUGCUACUGGAAUCUGCAGAAGAUACAGCUCUUGACAUUUUAGAUGCUUCCAAUGAACUUGCUCUUUUCCUUGCUAGGGCCGUAAUAGAUGAUAUCCUUGCUCCACUGAAUUUGGAAGAGAUAUCGAACAGGCUGCCACCAAAUUGCAGCAGUGGAUUGGAGACCGUCUGUACGGCUCAAUCACUUCUGUCUGCACGGCAUGCUGGAGAAAGGAUCCUGAGGUGUUGGGGUGGUGGGACUGGAUGGGCUGUGGAGGAUGCUAAGGAUAAGAUACAAAAGCUCCUUGAGGAAUUUGAAAGUAGUGGUGUUCUCAGUGAAGCUUGCCAGUGCAUACGAGAUCUUGGAAUGCCAUUCUUCAAUCAUGAGGUAGUGAAAAAAGCUUUGGUUAUGGCAAUGGAGAAGAAGAAUGAUAGGAUGCUGGAUUUGCUGCAAGUAUGCUUUAAUGAGGGGCUUAUCACUAUCAACCAGAUGACUAAAGGCUUUGGGAGGAUCAAGGAUGGGCUUGAUGAUCUGGCUCUUGACAUUCCGAAUGCAAAGGAUAAAUUCACGUUUUAUGUGGAUCAUGCCAAAGAAAGAAGCUGGCUGUUACCGUCCUUUGGGUUAUCUGAUGAUGCAUCUUAAAUGAGAAGAUCAUAUACAUUAGCUUGUUACAUCUUGUACUUCGUUGAUGCCUUCUCUAAGUAGCUUGUGCCGUUUUGUUGGGACUGGUGGAUGGACAGGGACUGUCCAGUCCUUCCUAAUAUCUUUUUCUUUUAAGUUUCUUGUAUGAUGGAUAUUUGUUGAUGUAAAAAUUAGGCCUCUCAUGUGUUCAGCUACUGUAGUGGUAAACGCAUACUGCAUUACCCUUACUGUCUUCCAUAAGGGUGUUAGUACAGAUCAUUAACAAUAAUCCUGCAUUUCCUGAACUUUAAUCAAUUUUUGGUCAA